AUGACGUCCAAGGAUCAAUCGGCCAGAUCAGCUUCGCCGGCCGGGGAGAAUGCUCUUAAACGGACAUUGUCAGUGAACAGUUUGAUCAAAACAGACUCGUUCACUAAACUAUUCAAGAAGAAUAACAAGCGUUCCAGAUCAGAGGACUCUGAUUUGGAUGAUAUAGAAGCAAAGCUUGACAUUCAGGCAUCGAAGAAACCCAAGACGCGCUCUUCGAAAGAGGAGGAAGAGUUUCGUAGAAGAGAAAAAGAGUACGAUGAGCUGCUGCCUCCCGAGUAUCGCAAGUUCCGGCCAAAGGGAUUCAAGCUCAAUCUGCCGCCAGAAGAUCGGCCGGUCCGAAUCUACGCAGACGGAGUGUUUGAUCUGUUUCAUCUGGGCCACAUGAGACAGCUGGAGCAGUGUAAAAAAGCGUUUCCCAAUGUGACUCUAGUCGUUGGAAUCCCUAACGACGAAGAAACACACAAGAGAAAAGGACUGACAGUUCUCACCGACAAGCAGCGGUACGAAACAUUGAGGCAUUGCAAGUGGGUCGACGAGGUGGUAGAGGACGCCCCUUGGAUUUUGAACAUGAAAUUUCUCAAAGAUCAUAAGAUUGACUACUGUGCUCACGACGAUCUUCCAUACCAAGCACAGGGCAUUGAUGAUAUUUAUAAACCCAUGAAGGAAGCCGGCAUGUUCCUUGCCACACAGAGGACGGAAGGAAUCAGCACAAGCGACAUCAUUACCAAGAUUAUCAGGGACUACGACAAAUAUCUAAUGCGCAAUUUUGCCAGGGGAGCUACCAGGAAAGAGCUGAAUGUGUCCUGGCUCAAGAAGAACGAGCUAGAUUUCAAGAAACAGAUCAACGAUUUCCGUUCCUAUUGGAAGAAAACCAACGACAGUCUCAAUAGCGCGUCUCGCGACCUUUACACGGAAGUGCGCGAGUUUCUGAAAAGAAGAAACGAAACAUCACCUGCUCAGUCUCCUGCAGACUCAUUUGCAUCCAAAUUCAACGGCAACGGCCUGGGACGCACCAAUUCCCGUCGCAGUCUGAUUGAUAACUUCAAAGAUUGGGUGGCAAGGGACAGCCAUUCGGAGUUUGAGAGUGACGAAGAAGAAAAACCGGUCGUCACCAAAAGAGGACGCAAGGUGAAGAAACCCGCUAGUAGUGAAAAAAAAGUGCUAGAAAAAAAAUAG